AAAGUUCACAAGUUUUCCCAAUGUUCCCCGAGCCGAGCCUGAGAGCAGCACCCAGUCACCGGCGCUGAGAGGGGCCCCCGGGAGAAGUGCCAUCUGCAUCCAGAGACAGCGGCUGAGUCCUGGGGAGCGGCAGUACGAGACGCCGGGGAUCUGUACGGAGUAGGAUAAAGUUACCCCAAGCAUCCGAGAAGUGGAAGCGGCGUGUCCUCUAUGCGGUGACCUGCAUGCUCUGGGCCUGGAUCUGUCUGGCGGGACGUACACUGUGGAUUCUGUAUGACACUUGCCUCAUCCUGACCCCCCAGCUCCCUCUCCACUCAUCAGCCUGCGAGUGCCCGGGCGGGAGGCUGGCUGGCUUGGCCUCCACAAGGAGGUGGCAGAACCAUGCAAGCGCGUUACUCCGUGUCCAGCCCAAACUCCCUGGGUGUUGUGCCAUAUCUUGGAGGGGAUCAAAGCUACUACAGGGCGGCAGCAGCUGCUGCAGCAGCUGGUGGAGGCUACACUGGCAUGCCUGCCCCCAUGAGCAUGUACUCCCACCCAGCUCACGAACAGUACCAGGCCGGCAUGGCCAGAUAUGGGCCUUACACUCCUCAGCCUCAACCCAAGGACAUGGUGAAGCCUCCCUAUAGUUACAUCGCCCUCAUCACCAUGGCCAUCCAGAAUGCUCCCGACAAGAAAAUCACUCUGAAUGGCAUCUACCAGUUCAUCAUGGAAAGGUUUCCAUUCUACAGAGACAAUAAGCAGGGCUGGCAGAACAGCAUCAGGCACAACUUGUCCCUCAAUGAAUGUUUUGUCAAGGUGCCCAGGGACGACAAGAAACCGGGGAAAGGUAGUUAUUGGACCCUUGACCCAGACUCUUACAACAUGUUUGAGAAUGGCAGCUUCUUGAGGAGGAGGCGCAGGUUCAAGAAGAAAGACGUGGUCAAAGAUGGCACCAAGGAGGAGAAGGACAGGCUUCUUAAGGAGCACCAUCAAUCCCAGACCCCGGCUGGCCAGCAGCAGUCUCAGCAGCGCCAGGCGCAGGCCCAAGGAGACCAAGACAGCAACUCCCAGCCUGUCAGGAUCCAGGAUAUAAAGACCGAGAAUGGUACCUCUUCUCCCCCCCAGGCCAUGUCUCCUGCCCUCAACGCGGUGCCUAAGAUAGAGAGCCCAGACAGCAGCAGCAGCAUGUCCAGUGGCAGCCCUCACAGCAUCCCAUCCAGCAGGUCCAUGAGCCUGGACACAGCCGAGCCCCACCAUCCACACCAGCACCAGCACCACAGCCAGGGCUUCAGCGUGGACAACAUCAUGACCUCUCUUAGGGGGUCUCCGCAGGCCACAGGAGAAAUGGCCACUAGUCUGAUCGCCUCUUCCAGGACGGGAAUAGCCCCUUCUCUUUCUCUCAGCUAUUCCCCGGGUCAGGGCUCUAUCUACGGCUCACCUUGUGGUCAAAGUACCAGUGGUGCCAGCUCUGCAGGGACCUAUCAUUGUAACAUGCAAGCCAUGAGUCUAUACUCUGGAGACAGGUCUGGACACUUGACUUCAGCCAGCACACCGACGGCCACCACAGUGGAAGAGACAUUGCCUGAUUAUUCCAUUACCACAACCACCACCUCUGCCCUGAGCCAUGGUAGCCUGAGCUCCGGCCAGGAGCAUCCUCACCAAAGCAGACUCCCAUCAUGGUACUUGAAUCAGUCGGGGGAUUUAGGCCACUUGGCUGGGGCCACCUACCCGGGACAGCAGCAGAACUUCCACUCUGUAAGAGAGAUGUUCGAGUCGCAGAGAAUUGGCUUGAACAGCUCCCCUGUGAACGGUAAUAGCAGCUGUCAGAUGUCCUUCCCCUCCAGUCAGUCUCUGUACCGCACAUCAGGGGCAUUUGUGUAUGACUGCAGCAAGUUCUGACCUCCCAACAACCACAACUCCCAGUAUGUAACCUUGAGAAGAGGUGCUGCAUAGAGCUAGUGCCACCUCGUCCAGCCCAGAACUCUGUAAAGGCCCCAUUAGUUUGUACAGACUGCCAGGUUUGUAGAGGGACAACACGUAAGUUCCUGCUCUUUCCACAGGUUGUUUUGUAAGGUAUCUUAUUUUCCAAUGUAUGUUACAGAGCAUAUAUAUAUGGUGAGCUUUCUAUAUGGACAUGUAUAUUGCAAUAUAGUAAUUUAUUUUUUAAUGUCUACAUGGAUAAUGAGGACCAAACCAGACAGUGUUGUCUAUCUGCUUGUGUGAACAUUUGAGUUUUCAUUACAAAGGGAAUUUGUACCCGUUUAUUACCGGUUUGUUUUCUUCUGAAGGCAUAGUAGUAUUGUUUGUUUCCUAAUAAAUGACCAUUCUAUCUGAA